AUGCUUAACCAAAUGAAUUAUACCCUAUACUCUAAUCACACUCUUUCAAAUGAAUCUCGUUGUUUUCUGAUAUUUGAGUCGAAAAUUCCCGAACUCUUACCCAAUGGUACGUUUAUUGACGGAAUAUCAUGUUAUUCCCCUCUUAGGCCAAUAAGGGCUCGAGCAAAGAUCGGUCUAAUAUUUGCCUGUUUUUUCGCCUUCUCUAUUAUUUACACCAUUGUAAACUUGCGCAAGCUAGCAAAGCGUUCUCCAUCUUCUCAUCAAAAAUCUGAUGUACAUGGGGCGAGAUUUCAAUGGUAUUGGGCGCUGAUCGCGGCAUCAUGUGCUGUGACAAGCUCGAUUGCCGAUAUUGAUGUGGACCGAUACUAUUUGCCGGAGCUGCCCCUAAUCCUCUCAAGCAUAUUUUGGCAUUUAACUGUUUUGGCAAGUAUAUGUAUCAUAUGGGAGACCAUACGCCACUGGGGCAGCGUCCUCAAGAAGCGAACGGAAGAUGCUAAUUAUUCAUCCUUCGGCACAUGUCCUCGACAAUAUCAUACAGAGGUGUUAUUGCCUGUGCUAUUCUACUUUCUUAUUUGCAUGAAUUUCCUAAUGAUUUUUCCAAGGCGCUGGACGAAUAUUGAGCUCCAAAGAAGCCCGAGCCAAACCUACCUACGAGCUCGCCCUUUCGCAACCGAUAUCAGAUUCAAGAUUGCCGCCUUCUCUCUUCUUGCAAGCUGGUCAAUUAUUUGUCUCUUUUUAAGUCUAUCGUACAAGCAGUUUAAAUUAGGCAUACAUAGCCCAGAACAUGGCUCGCGGAAUUGCCAACUUAUACCCCCCAGACUAAUUAUUUUAAUAUCUUCAUCCCUUAUCAUGGUUACAUACAACACUGUUUGUGCAUUCGACUUCACGAUUUCACCAAUGAAUGUACAUUGCGACCUGGGUUUUAUGUAUGGGCUCGGAUGGGGGGUAAUUGCAUUAAUACUUAUUAUUUAUCAAUCGGGAGACUUCCUAGUUUCGUGCAAAGCAAAGCAUUAA